AUGACCGUCACGUACACGGCCCGGGUGGCCAAUGCCCGUUUUGGGGGGUUUUACAAGCUUUUGCUGCUAUGGAGGGGCAGCAUCUACAAGCUGCUGUAUAAGGAGUUCGUGGCCUUUUUCAUCAUGUACUCGGCUCUCAGCGUCACUUACAGGUUUUUUCUGUCUGAGGAGCAGAGGCGAUACUUUGAGAAAGUUUCCAUCUAUUGCAACAACUACGCCAAUCUCAUACCCGUGUCGUUUGUAUUGGGUUUUUAUGUUACGCUGGUGGUGAAUCGCUGGUGGAACCAAUACCUCUGCAUGCCGUUCCCUGACCGCGUCAUGUGUGCCAUCUCCGGCACGGUGCACGGGGCAGACGAAAAGGGGCGACUGUACCGGCGAACGCUGAUGCGGUACUGCAGCCUGUCGGGGCUUCUCAUCCUGCGUUCUGUCAGCACCGCUGCUUUCAAGAGGUUCCCGACCAUAGAUCACGUGGUGGAGGCUGGGUUCAUGACUCGUUACGAGAGGAAGAAGUUUGAGAAUCUCCGCUCCUCGUAUAAUAAGUAUUGGGUUCCGUGCGUCUGGUUCUGUAACCUGGCAGCCCAGGCGCGGGACGAGGGGCGAAUCCGGGAUGACCAUGCGUUAAAAAUGCUGAUAGAGGAACUGAACGCGUUUCGGGGUAACUGUGGAAUGCUCUUUCAUUACGACUGGGUCAGCGUCCCGCUGGUUUACACGCAGGUGGUGACCAUCGCGGUUUACAGCUUCUUCCUGACCUGUAUAAUCGGACGCCAGUUUCUGGAUCCUGCCCAAGGCUACGCAGGCCAUGAUCUGGAUCUAUACGUCCCCGUCUUCACUCUGCUUCAGUUCUUCUUCUACGCUGGCUGGCUGAAGGUGGCCGAGCAGCUCAUUAACCCAUUCGGUGAGGACGACGAUGACUUCGAAACCAAUUUCCUAAUUGACCGUAAUUUUCAGGUGUCCAUGAUGGCCGUCGACGAGAUGUAUUCCGACGUUCCUCUGCUGGUGAAGGACCGUUACUGGAACGACUCGGACCCUCAUCCUCCUUACACGGCGGCCACCAUAUUCCAGAAACACCUCCCAUCCUUCCAGGGCUCCACGUUCGACAUGGCGCUCCCUAAAGAAGACAUGCAGUUUCAUCCCCUCUCCGAUAUAGAGGAGAUGAAUGAAGACACGCUUCCUCGCCCCAACGCGCUCUUCAGUCGGCUCCUGCCUGGGGUUGGCCAGUCGCCUCGGACCUCGUCCGCGGCCCUCGGCGCCCCGUUUGUCGUCUCCGGAAGCCGUCUCACGUUACUGAAACGUUCUACCAGCUCCACCUCGGAAUCGUCUGAAUGCCUCUUUCAAGACGUCCCGCCAGGAGCCUCGUCCGACCCCGCCGAUUGCCAACCUAAAGGAUCCAAGCCGUCGGAAUGUCCUCCCCCAACCGUGUUCCGCGUGGAGUCCCAGUUCUCCCUCCUAGCCGGCGAUCAGCCGGAAUCUUCUCUUCGAGAACAGGAGCCCAACGAUGCCUGCGAGGACCGCUAA